AUGGCGUCUUCCAAUGCCCCUCCGGCGAGCCUUAGUUGGCGUGACGCCCAAAAGUUACGCAAGUAUCUUGCACGAGACAUCGGCAAGCUCCAGCCAGGAACUGGAUCUGGAAUCGACAUUUCCAAGUUCGAGGCGGUUGACAGCCUUUUGGAGAAGUUCCGCCUCGCUUGCGUCUCUACCAUCUUUCUCGACUUUGAUUAUGCCAUCGCCCAGAAAACAGAGGAGCAUCUGUGGCUCAUUCAUACCUCGAUCAAUGCCGAAUAUCGACGCAUCUUGGGCCGGCUCAAGCAAUCGUCCCACGCAGUCGAGAAGCGAAAGGUGGAGAAAAUGUACAACAACUUCCUGCGCAUCGCCCAUAAGUUUUACAAAGGAUAUAUCCAGCGCCUUUCCGCCUACUAUGAUAUUCCCGAGCUUAAACGAAUCGCGCAAGGCAUUGAACUCGACCAAUUGGUCGUCGAAGAUACGAUUAGCCCGGUCUCGGAAGAUUUGCAGCGCAAAGUCCUGUACUCUUGCCACCUUACCCUCGUCCACUUGGGAGACUUGACACGAUAUCGAGUCCAAGCUCGCCAUAAGAACUCUGGGUAUGAAGGGGCGUUGCUAUACUACGGACUGGCCCACCAUCUUCAACCUCAAUCAGGCUUUGCUUUCCAUCAAAUGGGAAUCAUCAAUCUCGAACAGGGCAAUCACCUCGACGUGCUCUAUCACUUUUACCGCGCCUGGGCCGUGGAAAGUCCCCAUCCCAAUGCUCAGACCAACUUGGAAGCUGAGUUUAAAGCGGUUCUUGCGCCAAAUGGCUCCAAGUCUAGACACAAUGUCACUGCACCACAAGACCAUUUCACGAUGUGGUUUGUCAAGCUACACGCCUAUUUCUAUAAAGGAGAGGCUUUUCGUCCUCAAGAAGAGUUGGAGGGCGAAGUGAUGCACCGACUUGAGAUGGCUUGCCGAAAUCCUGAGUCUUCCAACGCGAUUCUCAAGAUGGCGCAGGUUAAUAUGCUGGCACACUGCAUAGCCUCUGCUCAAUAUACAGAAAACCAGACGGAAACUUCCAUGCGGUUUUACCAAUACACGCUUCGCUUCAACGCCAAAUUUAUGCAUACCUUUUGCAAAGUCUUUUUGUCUGAGCUCAGAGAGGCUCUUACUAGCGCCGAGGGCUUCAAACAUCGACUGGAUAGUUCCGAAGAAUCACAGACAAAGACUUCCGUCAUUGAAGCCCUUCUGCCUGUGCUGCGCGUAUAUGAAUAUUAUAGCCUGGAUAAUUUGAAAACUUGCCCAUAUUUGCUUCCGGAAGACAUCCAGAACCUGGGUUUCCAACCACUCAACGAAGAUGAUCUUCCUCAAGAGUGCAGAGUCUACUGCAACGCGAAUGGAGACUGCAAACCUUACCUUCACGCUCUCGAAGAAGGCUGCGGCUCGGCAUCGAGUGAAAGAAUAGGAAGAAUCUUCGAUGUCCUCCGCUGCGCGUAUUUCUUGGCCAGCGACGGCGCAUAUCCUAUGGGCUAUAAAAUCGAGGGAAACUUUCUGAUUUUUCGCCAUCAGCCAGUUGCCGAGAAGCCACAAGCUCAACAAAGCACGGAAGACGAUACGACUUCGGUCGCUAGUGAUUUGGAGGCUGUUGAUACAGAAGAGUCAAUUGAGACCAAGGUCAUCCCCGAUGCCCUGGCGAUACCUGAGCUGGCGACCCCCGAGCUGGAAGCAACAGAGGUGGCGAAACGUCCAGUAUCAACUCGGCAGGAAGCAAGUCGACUUUUGCUGAAUGAGGAUGAUGACAUUUAUGAAGACUCUGAGGCUAUGAACCGGGGUGUUGAGACGGUUCUCGACGUGGUGGCUCCUUUCUUGAGACCACUUACUCCUGUUGACGAAUCUUCAUUCGGAAUGCACACUUCCACUGCAAACGAAGUAUUUGGCUCACUCAACACAGAAGCCAGUCCCACGGAAUCCAUCACGUCGGGAAAGUUUGCGCCUCUUCCUUGGGCUUGGUUCGGUACGCCGAAUCCGCAUGGUGCCCGAGAUCCAGCACUGCCUGUGAGUCAAAGCGCUCAGAACACUCAGAACGCUCAGAACGGUCGCCGAAGCACAACGCACUCCCCCAAUGCGUCUAUUGCAGCCAGCCAUCUCCUCGAGGACCCCUUUACUACGCCAGGCCGCGAUGUACUAGAUAGUCUUCCGCGCAACAUGGCAAAUGAAGUCGCCAGCCCGCCAAACACAUCUGCUCGGAGAAUACAUCGGGAGCAGUUGCUCCAAGCCUUUGGCAAUGGUUCAAGCACUCCACGCACUUCGUCGUUCAGCCACUGGUCACACAACUCCAACUCCAACGCCAAUGUGCCGAGACCACCGGCCCCCAUGGUGACGAUGCAAGAGUCGAAUCAUUAUCCAGCAUGGACCAACCAGUCGAGCAGUUCUUCCUUCUCUCACCCAAGCAGCCUCUACCAUGGCACUCCAGCAAACGGUUUACAGUACAACAUGCAAUUUGCUGUUGACCCGAGCCAUGUCUUUCAAGAGGCUCACCAAUCAAUAAAUAACCACUUUCAAAUCGAUAAAACGACAUCGAAUUACAACAACGCCGUCAUGAGAUCGGCGUACCAAGGAUCGAGCUAG